GUUUUCAUGCCAGACGACCAUGUCACGAUCGGGCGUGUCAAAGUCGCGGUCAGACAAGAGCCGGACCACCGCCCUCCCAGCGGCCACGCCUCCGGUCACCGUGAUCGACAUUGUCCCCGGGCGCUUCACCGAGAGCGAGUGGCAGAGCCUGGCCAUGAGCGAGGAGGGCGACAGCAACGUCAUGGACAUCAUUGAUGACCUGGUCGGCCUGGCUCUGGAGCAGGUCUACAGCGUUUACAUUGAGGAGCAGCUGAUGCCGUUCACCAUUGCCCAGGCCAAGGAAGCCAUCCUCCAGAUCAUCGAGUGGCGAUUCCUGAACCACGACAGCGGCGAGAGUAACGUGGCCCUGGACCACUCGUGGCACGAGGACACAGAACCCAUGGCCACUGGCACCGACAGCUGGGCACAGGGAUCUGUGCCCCUCAUGCCAGCCACAGACACACAGGUAGACCACACUGAGAUAGGGAGCAGAGACAAAGGUUAA